GACAGUUGUAACAAAAUGUAAACAAAGCUGGAUGAAAGUAGACCCACUCAAACGUGCCUCAUUAGCUGUGCAAUUUCGGUUGUUUUUAUGCAUUUUAUCGCAUUUUACCGUACAGAAAGAUUCAUCCGUUUAGUGCUAAGUGCCAUUAGCCCGUUUCCGAAAUGAUACAGAACGAAAACAACCGUGCCCAGAUGGUGAAGAUGCGGAUGGUGCGCGAGUUCAACAUAAAGGUGAUCGACAAGUGGUUGUCCGAAUGUGUGUCCUUCUGUCUGUCGGACAAUCCGAAAAUUUCCAACGAAGGCCUUUUCCAGUUCGCGUUCAGCCAGUGGCUGCUGGCGGAUUUGAACGAGAUUGGCAUCGCGGUGCUACCGGCCGGGAUGGAUUUGAAGGUGGAGCACCACACGAUGAAUGGCUCGUUUCCGGUACAGAUGCAGUAUCUGAUCGAUAUCUCGGAACCGGCCUACGAUCAGUGGAGAGAUUUGUACGACAAAAAGCUGGACGAGGCAGACGAUGAGGUGCAAAGGAGAAAAAAUCAAGCACCGAACGUAAAAAAACGAAGAAUGUUAAAACUCGAACUGACGGAUGGCAAGCAAACGGUCAUAGCGAUGGAACACAGCGCAAUCAGUUGUCUCAACACGAAGCUAGCACCCGGCGUGAAACUGCUCCUAACCGGACCGAUGCGCUGCAUCAACAAAGUGAUCUUCCUCGAGGCACGAAACGUCCGUGUGCUCGGCGGAGAGGUCGAUGUGCUGCUGAUAACAAAUGCGUACGAAAAUGUGCUGCUGCGCGCGCUAAACAAACCCGCUAACCCCAAUCCGAAGUUGGAUUACGCAGAGGCGGAAGUAUCGGAUGGAAAGCACCGUCCAAAUCACAGCACAAUCCAAUCGAUUCCGAUGGGACGAAAUGGACCACCGGCGGCUCCUGCUUCGGCGCGCAAGGGAAGCCAACGGAAAUCACCCACCGUGGUAGAGGACGAUGUGGAUGAUGAUUCGCUGCUGAUGGGGAUCGAUUUGGAUGUGAUCGAGGCGACGCAACCAAAGCCCGAUCAGGUACCAACCGUUAGCACGCUGAUGGACGAUGACGAUAUGGAUGAUCUUGUGCAGCUGGUGGACGUUCGUAGUGAACCGGAAAUUAUGCACCACCAGGUAUCGUCCACCAAACACUCACAAUCAUCACCGGGUGGAACGGUACCGUCACGUGCAAAGCCAACGUUUGAUGAUGGACUGUUUGAGGAUGACAUCGAUAUGAUGAACGAUCUGGAGGAUGAAAUUCGAAAUGAGCUACAAAUGUUUGAACCGCCGUGUCCACCACCGGACGAGCAACGGGAAGAAAUGGAUCCUCCAAAGGCGAAGAAAGCUAGACCAUCGGAUGAGUAUCGAGCAGAGCAGACGAUAGCUGAAGCACCCAAAACACCCUCACUAAUGUCCCGGUUACCGACCGCGCCCGCACGUAAUGAGCACAGAUCCACCGACAGAAAGGAAGCACCUGAACCACAACCUUCUACAAGCAAAGCGUUCCACCAAUUCAACACAUCCGACCUGUUCGAGGAUAGCAUGGAGUGUGCGGACGCUGUAGGUUUCGCUAAUGAGUCGAGCGCGUUUAAAAUACUCUCGCCCAACUACAAGCAUCGCAUCGACGGUACAAGCUUGGUUACAGUCGAGCAAAUUAUGGCCCUACCGGAAGCGUACCGGUCCGAUGCCAGUUUCGUCGUUUACUGCGAAGUGGAGGGAGUCAUCGAACAGCCCCGCAUACGGAAAGAAAAAUGGCACCUCAGCAUCGAGCUAACGGACCAUUCGAACGUGUUUCUGCCGGUACGGUUGCACGAUAGCGUGAUCAGCAGCAUGGUACGGCACGACGCCGGCGAGUUGAUGCGGAUGCGCAAAACCGAUCGGGAAGGUGUGAUGCAGCUGCUCGAAACGAUUUUGAGCGAUUUUAAGGAACUGCUGCAGGACAUCAAAUGCUUCUGGCGGAUAGUUUACCAGCCGGAUGAUCAAUCCGUUUCGCAGGGACCGCCGGUGGUGGUGGAAACGUACGAGAUGAAUGAUGAGCGGGGAGCAAUACUGUUGGAUAAGAUUAUCCAGGAAAACUGUAGCCAGUUAAGGAAAAUGUUGUAGAACGAUGGAAAGUGGUAAAGAAAAGCAUACGCACACACAAAAACACACACACACAUUCCCGAAAAUGAACAAACUCUAACGCGUCUGUCGGUUUCGUUUUUUUGUUAUAUUUAUUAUAAAUUGUAAAGUGCUUUUAAA